AUGAAAGUCAAGGCCGAGAAACCGGUAAAGGCGGAGAAGGUAUCCAAGGUCAAGGCCGAAGACGCGAAGCAGAACAAAGGGAAAAGGCGUGUUCGUGACGAAGAAGAGGAUGACGAAAGACGCGACGAGAGCAUGGGAGGUGAUGCUGAUGGAAAUGGAGAUGAUUUGGAUGAGGAAGGCGCCAGUGGCUCUCCCAAGGGUCGUAAGCGGACGCGUCUGAACACCAAUGGUGACUCGCAUCCUGCGGAUGACGAUGAUGACGUUAUAGAACACGAACGCGUCGCGACAUUACCUAGAGACACGGAUGGGUUUAUUCCCGGCUCUAUCGUUCGCAUUCAGCUGCAAAGUUUCGUUACUUAUGACUGGGUUGAAUUCCGGCCGGGUCCUUAUCUCAACAUGAUCAUCGGUCCUAAUGGAACUGGAAAGAGCAGUAUCGCGUGUGCUAUCUGCCUUGGUCUUGGGUGGUCGCCGCAGAUCCUCGGUCGUGCUAAUGAAAUCAACUCGUUUGUCAAACAAGGCAAGACAUCGGGACACAUCGAGAUAGAACUGAAAGGCCCCGAGGGCAAGCCGAACUUGGUUAUUCGUCGCAACCUGACGUCUACUUCCAAAACCUCCACUUUCACCUUGAAUGGCGCAGCCGCCACUGGGAGAGAGAUCUCGUCGCAAAUGGCUGCUCUGAACGUCCAAAUUGGCAACCUCUGUACGUUCUUACCUCAAGACAAGGUGUCAGAGUUUGCCGCGAUGAGUCCUCAAGACCUUCUGAAGGAGACACAACGCGCGGCCGGUGACCAGAAUUUAACAGCGUGGCAUACGACUCUUAUUGAGGCGGGUGCUGAUAUGAAGAAGAUUAACGACCUCAUCAAAAGCGAGACGGAUCAAUUGAAGCAGAUGCGGGAGCGGAAUGAGGCCAUUGAACGGGAUGUUCAGCGGUGUCUAGAGCGCCAAAAGAUCGAACAAGAGAUCGCCCUGCUCGAAGUACUUGUUCCUGUUCAAAGGUACCGGGAGGCACGAGAAAAGUAUCAGAUUGUUAAAGCAGAGCAACGUCGGUGCCACAACAAGGUCGUUGCAUUGAAGGAUAAGAACGCACCUGCUCACGAUCUGCUAAAGCGAUUUGCUUUGCAACACAAGAAACUUGAGAAGGAUCGAGAAGAUUCGAAGAGAUCUACUCAGAGCAAAUUUAAAAAGAUUAAUGAGAGGUGGAACGAAGACGAGAAAUUGGAAAACGACGUGGAAGAUCUCAACUUAAAACUUGAAACCCUUGAAUCGGAGGAGAAGGACCGUUCAGCGAAGAUCAAAAGGAUCCGGGCUAACAUCGAUAGCAUUCGCGAGGAACUGGCGAAGGAAGUCAAACUUGAGAAGGAAGAAGACCUAGCCCGCGAGAUGAAUGAAGUGCGACAUGAGAGACAGAACGUUAUUGGGCGCAAGCGAUUGCUUGAAGCAGAGAUGAAAACCAACCUUGAUCAAGAGUAUCGUUCCAAGAGUCAAUUACAACAGUCGCAGGAAGAGCUUCGAAGGCUCGACAAUGUCGAGGUGCGCAAACUUCAGAUGCUGUCUCGUUGGGAUAGGGACACGGCCGAUGCGGUUACGUGGUAUCGUAAUAACAAGGACAAGUUCAAGAUGGAGGUUUUUGAGCCUCCCUAUCUUUCUGUGAAUGUUCCAGAUCGCGCUUUCGCCAGCGCAGUUGAGAUGGCUUUUAGUGCCAACAAUAUGAAAACCUUUGUCGCUCAGUGUCAAGAGGACUAUGAUACUUUGAAUCGUAAUCUUAAUGACAACCAAGUCCUUGGUAGAAAGGUUUGGGUAACUACCUGGUACAGGGCCCGCAUAGACCGGCUUUUCGUUCCGCAGCCUAUGGAACGUGACGAGCUGGCCAGACUUGGCUUUUCUGGAUAUUUGCUUGACUACGUCACUUGUCCGCAGGGUUUGGAGUGGUUCUUGCAAGUUGAACUGAAUCUACACAGGAUUGCCGUUGGAAGCCACAACGUCGACGUCAAUCGUGCAAUGGAUACAGUCUGUCAAUCACGGACCGGUCCAGCGAACUUCAUCGCUGGAACGACCUACAACAUCGUCACACGCUCCAGAUAUGGUAAGAAAUUGGCACAAAACAUGACUCGGGAUAUUGGAGAAGCAAAGAGUUUCGUCGCUGCGUCAGUUGAUCCUGAGCUCAAAAACCGAAUUGAUGGGGAAAUUGCUGAGCACAAACAAAGGCUUGACAUGCUCAAGGAAGAACACGACGACCUUCGUUACAAAUUGUCGGCUGUCGAAGCGGAAGACUCCAAAUUCCAACAGCGGGCUAACGACAUCAACGCUCGCAGAGAAGCUAUCCAGAGGGAAGUACAAAGACGCACUACUCUGACGACCAGGCAAAAACGGGAUGAGGGAGCCCUCCGGGUGUUACUGAACGCGCCCUCUGUAGAGCAAGAGCGUGCUCAGAUCAAGAAAGGCAUCUAUAAGAUAUCGAAGCAGCGCAUUGCAAUAGUCAAGGAAUACAAGGAAUAUGCCAAAUCCAUCAUCGAGGAGCAAAGCAGGGCGACGCGUGCCAAUCAUGCUGCUCUAAAAGAGCUUUGUAACAGGAAGGAUGAAAGAUACAAUGUCGCUCUGGCCGAGUUCAAUAGAGCGGACGAGGCUUUCAAAGCAAUCAAAGCAGAAUCAAAGCAAUUAUUGCUCGACAGUCGAAACGCUAUCGACAACUGUGAUCCUGACACCAACAAACUCUAUGAAGAAAUACAAAAUGCUCGUUUUCAAUAUGACCAGAAGCUCGAGGAGGCCGAAGCUGCUGGGACGGCGCCUCCAUCGGACCAAGGCAUUGAUCUACGGAGUACACAGGACCUCGAGGCCGAAUUCGACGCCCAGAAAGCCCAACUGGAGAUCAUGUUGAACACUAAUCCUGGCGUUAUUGAGGAGUAUGAGAAACGGAAGAGAGAUAUCGAAGCGUUGGAGAGAACUGUCGAACAAAAGCAGUCAAAUGCCCAGCGGGUAGAGCAGAAAAUCAAGAAGGCCAGGGACAAUUGGGAACCUGCUCUCGAGCAACUCGUUGCAAGGAUCGGGGAGAAAUUCUCGGCGGCCUUCGAUCGUAUUGGCUGCGCUGGAGAAAUACGCAUCGGUCAGCACGAGGACUAUGACAAGUGGACCAUUGACAUUCUAGUCAAGUUCCGUGAUGACGAAAAGUUACAACUUCUUACCAGUCAGCGACAGUCUGGAGGGGAGCGUUCACUGACAACAAUCCUAUAUCUGAUGAGUCUGACGGAACAAGCACGUGCGCCAUUCUCACUUGUGGAUGAGAUUAAUCAGGGUAUGGACCAGCGGGCCGAACGAGCAGUACACAACAACAUGGUUGAAACGACUUGCAAAGAAGAGAGUGGACAAUACUUUCUCAUCACGCCGAAGCUUCUUGCCGACCUGCAGUACCACAAGCGUAUGAAAGUUCUUUGUGUCAACAACGGCGAAUGGCUACCUGAAGAGCGGGGUUUGGGUAACAUGAUGAAUAUGAUAGAAGGAUAUGUCGACCGCCAAAAGCAUCGCGCCGCUAAUUCUGCUUGAUCUUGGGUUUAUCAUUAUUGCUUUUUGUUACCUUACACCGUUAACAGAUCCACUAGUCUCCUUACAGUAUCGGCUUGUACUACUCUAUCAUGAGAUCAUACUCUUCUUCGAAAAUACCUCUC